UGCUAUGAUUUCUGAUAUCAAUGAACAUUUAUUUCUAUUGGAUAAUCAAGAACAUUUAGCAUUAAAUAGUCAAGAACAUUUACUAUCAAAUGAUCAAGAAACUAUUCUACUAGAAGUUGAUAAUAUACUUUUAAUUUCGAAAGUCAUUAAUCUUACUAAUAUAUUAUUUGACAGUGACAGCCAAUUGCAAGUUAAUAAAUCAGCAAAAAGUUCAAAUUCACUUGGAAAUAUGAAUUAUAAUAUAAACGAUUUAAUAAAUAGAAUAUUCGAAAUAAAUAGUAAAUUCAAUUUGUAA